AUGAAACUGCAGCUCCACCUCCUUCUGCUCACGGCCAUCGUUUUGGGAACGUCGAUGAACGGAGCUAGGGUGUACGCAGCGGAUAAGGAACAUGCUGAAAAGGAGACGGAGACACCCCUGACUGGCGCUUGGGGCGGUGGCGGUGGUGGUGAUGGCGGUGACCGCUGGCACGGCGGCGGUGGUGGCCGCUGGCAAGGCGGUGGUCGCAAGUGGUAAAGCCUCUGAAGUCCGUGUUGCAUUCCACGUCGCCAUCCGCGUCUGGGACUGCUAUGAGUUGUCAGAUUUUAAAUAAAUUUUGAAAAAAAAUGUGUAUCCUUUUGAACAACUUCUCCGGGUAUGGACUGCUAGUCGCGAUAGCUGCAGUGUCUAAUGGUCUUUGUAUUUCUCGUUUUAACUUUCUGUACAAGGUUGGAUUAGGGCUCCAUAUAAUCAAUUGCUGGUGGUAUUGUUGUGGGUGUCUUAAGAAACCCUUAAUAGGACUCUGAAUGCAGUGUCUAGCGCGGGAUUUAUUCGAGCCGGUUGAUCGAAACACAGAAUCUGCAACUGAAACUGUUUUUAUUGAGGAGAAUGAAUUGCUCACCGGAUCGGGGGACUUUUCUGGCUGACGUUUGGAAGAGCCGGGGCUGCUCUCCAUUGUCAAAGCCUCAAAUGAAAAAAAUCGAUCAGCACUUUUUGAAUAGACUGCCGCAUUAGUUGGCCUUGGGCCGAUCGAUUUUUUUCUUCUUUCGCCGCCUUGGCCUACUAGCCGUCGCCUGUUGGUGGCCUCCUGCAUUACGUGUCGUCACCUCAAUUGGGGUUGGUUGCGUUUGUGUUCCCCUUUUCGGUGAAGUGGUCGACAGGCCGUGUUUGCUCGGCAUUCUUAGGCUCAGUAUGAUUGUCUUGUCCGUACUCUGUUCCAAGGAGUUGAAACACACUGCAGCACACAAGCCGACAAAAGAUUUGAACGACAAUACCUGCAUGAUCUCUUUCGAACCAAUGGAUACCCAAGCCACUUCAUCAAGCAAAGCAAGCGCUGAGUGAACAGACGACGGCCACAAGAAGAACAACCCGAAGUCUGGAGGGCUAUUCCUUACAAUAAAGGAGUCUCCGAGGCGGUUUCAAGACUGCUACAACCCGCCAGGGUAGGUAUUGCCCAUCGACCCCAGGCAACAAUUCGUCGCCGUUUGAUGCAACCCAAAGACAUACUGCCACCCACUGAAACCCCCAGCAUUUGUCCAUCAAAUACGUUGUAAGGAUGGAGACUGCAACUACGUUGGGGAAACCGGACGGAAAUUGCAGACCCGCCUACGUGAACACAAACUGGCAACACGGAGACUAGACCCAAACUCACAGCUUGCGGCUCACAUCGGGGAAACUGGUCACAGUUUGAUUUUCAAGGAGCAGCCGUCUUAGGCAGGGGCACCUCAAGGACUGAGCGUCUCACGCUUGAGGCUUGGUACUCAGAUGCCAACUCCAUCAACAGGCAUCUAGACCCUCCUUCGGCCUAUAAAGUCCUACGUCACUACAUACACCGUGACGAAGACAAGACAAUCAUACGUAGCCUAAGAAUGCCGAGCAAACACGGCCUGUCGACCACUUCACCCAAAAGGGGAACACAAACGCAACCAACCCCAAUUGAGGUGACGACACGUAAUGCAGGAGGCCACCAACAGGCGACGGCUAGUAGGCCAAGGCGGCGAAAGAAGAAAAAAAUCGAUCGGCCCAAGGCCAACUAAUGCAGCAGUCUAUUCAAAAAGUGCUGAUCGAUUUUUUUCAUUUGAGGCUUUGACAAUGGAGAGCAGCCCCAGCUCUUCCAAACGUCAGCCAGAAAAGUCCCCCGAUCCGGUGAGCAAUUCAUUCUCCUCAGAUUACCGACCCGGAUCUCUUACUUUUGCCAACCUGUUUUUAUUGAAAUUCAUCGGUUUUUGCCUUUAUCUACAGUGGCAUAUCGAACUCGAUUGGUAAAUGAUAAAGCUGCUUUGCGUGUCAAUCGCUUGCAGGACAAACCAAUAUAGACUGAACUGCCAAAUUUCAGGUGCGGAAAAUUUGGGGUUUGAUCCCGCGGCCAGUUGGUUAUAAGUCUAACGUCCACUGUGUCCUCGAUGACCACGGGCCCUAUUUUGCCCGAACAGGUGAAGCGAAUAGGUAAAAUCCACAACUUUUUAGUGACCUUGGAUAAUUAUCUAGAAUAGCCGGCUCAAGAAUAUGAAUACGUGCGAAUCAAUGUAUAACAUGACGAUAUCAGCCUUCACACUUUGUAGGGUCUGAAACGAAAAAUAAACAAAAUUGAAGAAAGAUCUCUUUCAGAUGAAGUUUUUAAAUGAGUUCGAUAUUUAGGCAAUAUUUGGGCAUUCAAAGUGUUCUAAGCGUUCCUUCUAUCUUCCGCUAUCUCUUCUCAUGUGGGUUGGAUCGAAAAAUCUGAGGGCAUUUCGGCCUAAGCUGAAUUCCCAAAUUAAGAUCUGGAAAGUGCUUCUGAAGAGUCCCAUGCGGAGAGUGCUCAUGUUUCUCCCCGACCUUCUGCGGGAGGGUUCAAAUACGUGCAAUUUCGGACUAUCGAGUGAAGUAAAUCGUUUGUGGUCCGUAUAACUAUAAGCAUUAAGUAUCGCGAGUGGAAUGUCUUAAGACAUAAUAACUCGCAUCUAAUUCCCUCUGAAUCGAUUCGGCUCGAGAUGAAAUAGAUGACUCAGGAAUAUCAAUACGUAUGGAUAAACAUAUCACAUGACACCAUCAGUCCUCAUACAUUGUGGGGUCUGACGUAAAAAUAAACGAGGCUUCCUCAGCGUCCACUCUCUGAUUCUAUAUUCUGACACCUGACGGCAUUUCGGCCUAAGCCAGAAUUCUAAAUUCAGAUCUAGAAUGUGUUUCUGCGAAGUGUCAUUUGGAAGGUGCUUAUCUUCCCCCCUCACAUUCGAAUAAAUGCGCUGUAAGUCAGCUGUUCGCUAAUAGCUACGUGAAUUUCCCCAAAUCUCACGUUUUAAGCUGUUAACCUGUUUGACCUCCCCUCCCCCCCCCCUCCGAUUUCCAUGAAAUCCCGACUACCACAAGCUUCCCCCUGUUCUGACAUUUUAAACAUUACAAAGCCGAAUGACUCAAAGCAUGCUUUGCUCCUCCGCAUCAAAUGUCCUAGAUGCUUGGGCCUACGUGCCUUAUAACUGCCGCCUGGGAGUUAUUCUCUACACGAGAGGCAGUAACAUACGAACAGUUACAUUUUCUGCACCGAUGUUUCCAAGACAAACUAACCCCACGAUGCCUGAGAUAUAAAGCUCCCGUUAAUACGGCCAUGGGAAGAGAAGUUGUGAGGCGGUUUGUCAAACAGAUGACAAGAGUUCUGAUCGACGACUGUCAUCGGCGUUUGCAGAAGUACAAGGCUGAGAUCGAGGAGAACAGAAGGCAGUGUGUCCACACUCUCGGCGAUUCUAUCGCCACAGAUCUUGGGAAGACGAUCUCUGCUCUGGCACACCACAGGCAAGCCAAGAAGAGAGAAGUUUUGGAACGAAAACUGACUAAGCUAAAACCACCAGGCACAGAAAGCUCAAACUUGGUCCACAACCUCUCGUCUAAGCAGCUAACAGAACAGCAACUACGAGUGUUACAGCAUGAAACUUGUUUCAACACUGCAGAUGCCGAUCCUGUCGACUUCGUUGCAGCCCUGGAAGCUAUGCUUGUGAGGAGUGAAAAAUUCGACGACAUGAAACACCCCGUCCGACAGCGUGUUACUUCCUUGCUGAUGACACACAGAUCAACCAAAUGUAUUUCGCAGAGUGAGUCAAAGGCUAUGAGGGAACUGAGGAGGGACGACAGCAUUAUUAUUCUACCUGCUGACAAGGGACGAUCAACCGUCGUGAUGAAUAGAGAAGAUUAUGAUGAAAAAGCUAAAGCCCUUCUUGAUGACAGAGAAUUUUACAGACCAGCACAGAAGUCACAAGCCAAAGCAGUGGCAGAUCGGCUGAGUAAACUGCUUAGAGAAUACCGACAUAAAAAUGUGAUCACGGAGAAUGAAUGGCACCAAAUGAGGGUAAUUGACACCGGUCUAGCCUGAUUCUAUGGUCUGGCAAAAAUCCAUAAGGCAACUGUCGCACUUCGGCCAAUCGUUGCCCUAAAAGGCAGCCCCACGUACAAUUUGUCAAAGUGGAUGUACCCAAAACUGAAGUUCCUCCAAGGCAAUUCGACUACCUCAGUUCGAUCAGCCUCUCAAUUCCUCAUAGACCUCCGAGGUUGGAGAAUUCAAUCGGAUGUAAUCAUGGUCUCCUUCGAUGUGACGUCGUUAUUCACAUCCAUCCCACCAAACGUGGCCCACGAAGUCAUGCGCAAGAGACUCAGAAUGCCCUCAAAACUGAACACCUCAUGAGACUGUUUGAAUUCUGUCAACAAACUUUCUUCACUUUUGCGGGAGAGACCUAUGAACAAAUCAAGGGAACCCCAAUGGGCUCACCGGUCUCCGGUUUGGUGGCAAAACUAGUCCUACAGGAGUUAGAAAAUAUUGCCUUCCUCCAACAUGAACCGGUGUUUUGGCGCCGUUGCGUUGACGACACAUUCGUCAUCGUAAAGAACGACAUGCUGCAACAUUUCCACAGCCUGAUCAACGCAGUCUUCCCUGAUAUAAAAUUCACGAGGGAAGAAGAACAGAAACAGCAGUUGCCCUUCCUGGAUGUGCACGUCAGACGAAACCUUAACGGUGAACAUGAAACGACGGUUUAUAGGAUGGCAACGAACACCACAGCUUCUCAGUUUUCACAGCAACCAUCCUGUGGCUCACAAACGAAGCUGUGUGAAGACGCUCUUCAAACGGACCCAAACUCAUUGCAGCAAACCGGAGGACAGAGCACGUGA